UGAAAUGUUGUCUUGAUGAUCUUUUGAGCAGUCUCAUCAAUCCGGGUGGAUGCACGGGAUACGAAAAGGUACCAGCAAACCUGCUCGGACGCGUGUCCGAGCCGGCAAGGCAUGUAAACGAUGUAACCAGAAACGCAUCAAAUGCGAUGCCAUGCACCACAUGCCGUGCACAAACUGCGUGCAAAAUGAUAAUGCCGAGUGUAUACUCCGCGAGACCCGGCGAGGGACAUAUAUCCGCAAGGGGCAGGUUCAGGAUGCGGCAGAAAGUUCCGAGCUUCCCACUGCCUCCACUCAAGUGGGAACUAGCACGACAGAACCAGAACCGCUUCAAGCCCCUGAAACAACUACGGCAAUUACCUCCGUGCCUGUGGAUGAUGUGGCGUCCCAUCAGACCACCGAUGCCCACCAUGCCGCUGGCGCUCAUCAACCUGCUGGCGAAACAGAACCUAUUCAGACGAAUCCUGCCUCUCUUACGCAAUCGCCGGCACUCACUCAAGCCUCAAUCCCUCAUGGCUCGACACUGGCUACUAAUUCACCGUUUCAACGAUCAUCGGCCGGCUCAGAGGACAUCACUUCCAAUUAUCGAGAUAUCUCCUGGUCAACCAUGUUUGAUCAUUUCCUAAAUAGCCGAACGGAUGGCAAGGAUUUUGUAGACAAGUGUUCCAUCACCUACCUUGGGGAGUCAUUCCCCCUGGCCAUCGUUCUAGAUGAUCUGAACGAAGGUGGUCGUCCAAAGCUGCAUCAUCCAGGACCUCCGUUCCCGGAAUCGGAGCAACUGACCGAUAGGUCGAGCCAGAAUCAGUCAACACACAUAUUGCCGGAGGACUUGGAGUUUCUGCGAACCAAAGGCGUCUUCGAAUACCCGGACAAAUCCCAGCUAGGUGUGUUUCUAGAUGUCUUCUUGGAACGCGUGUAUCCCCUUUACCCAAUCGUCAAUCGCCAUGAGCUUAUACAACAGCACGCAAAUGGGGAUAUUCCAUUAAUCCUGCUACAUUCCAUCUGCUUUAUUGCGGUCACCUUCUGUCCUCUAUCGGUGUUGCAUCAUGCCGGCUUCGCCUCGCGUCGAGAGGCUCGCUUUUUCUACUAUAAAAAGGUUAAGGCUCUCUUUGAUUCUGGAUAUGAGAUUAAUAAGAUCGUCAUCCUCCAGAGUGCUAUCUUGAUGUCAUUCUGGGGCGGAGGUCCCAACAACUACUGGAAUUUCUACUCCUGGAUCAGCACUGCAGUUACUAUGGCCGAAGCCCUAGGAAUUCAUCGGUCGACGGCAACGACCAAUAUGCAACCAGGAGAUAGAAGCCUGCUCAGGCGGCUGUGGUGGAUCUUGGUGACCCGGGAUAGUGCCUGUAGCUCCUUGGUGGGUCGACCAUUUCGCAUAGACCUGAAUCAAUCCGACACCGAAAUGUUGACAAUUGGGGAUUUUGCCCACGAUGCAAUGACAUCGGACUUUCUGGAAUGCCCCUCCCGUCAAAGGUAUGCCCGAUACCAGAUCGAAAUUGCAAAGCUCUCUUCAAUCCUGCGCGACAUCGUUAUGAGUCGGUUCUACCCUAAAAGACGGCCCUUCACACCCGACACGCUUCAGACGCGACUGAAACAGUGGCGUAAGGAGUUGCCUCCAACAUUAUCGUGGCAUGAUGAUAUGCCAGAUCCUUCCAAUCCCUUCUCCAUGACUCUGUCGGUUCAAUACAAUCACCAUCUGAUUUUGAUAUAUCUGUGCCGCUGCCCGGGCGCCAACCUUCAAAACAGCGAUGAUCACGAUAAAGAGGAAACUAUGGCUACUGCAGCGGAGCAUAUAUCAACCGUGGCAUGCACGGCUGUCACUAAAUCAAACAUUCUUACCAUGCCUCACGAACUAUUCCAUGGUAUCUUUCUGGCACAGGCUGUCUUCUACACAAAACUUAAGAGCCCAAACAAAUUAUUAGCGCAGCUUGGUCGGUCUGCGCUCACCAAUUGCCAGAUGGUGCUUCAUGCCACAUGCGAGUGUUGGGAUCCUAGCCCAUGGAUCAUGCAACUAUUUGAUAGCCUUUCAUCCAGGCGGUUGGAGAGGCAGCCCUUGAACGCAGCGCCAGGGAACCACCCCGAAGGAACCGCCGAGAUAUUAGGGCUGAGCGGGCCAUCUGGCCCAACGCCCGAGGCGGGAGUGUUUAACGGCCUGUUGGGCUACGAUCCCUGGCAAAGCAACCCCAUGUUGUCAUCCUUGUUUGAUCUACCACCAGAGCUUUUGUUGCCUGAAUGAUUAAGGAGCCGUUGCGAUAUUAGGCGUCAUUGAGCUCCAGAGCAGCAGGAUAGUAAGAUUUACGGCAGAAAGAAUGAGAGACGUUACAGG